CUGCGCCUCACUUCUGGAGUUUACAUAAUCAAUUUGUACUGAAUAUUAGAUAAUGACUUGGGGAAAGUGUUAAGCAACAUUUAUUGACUUUUAUCUAUUCCUUCUUGUUAGUUUCCUGAGAAAAGAGUAAAGAGACAAAUGGAAUAUCAUGAAAUCCUUGAUGUGGAGUGAAAGCCGAUAUCAACAAAGGAGCAAUAUCUCUUUCACUUAUUUAUGGUAGAAUGUAACACAGUCAUGCUUAUAUGUAUAAAGUAAUAUACAUAAUCUCACACGUUACCUAACAUUUCUUUCCUUUCGAUAUUCGUACAUUUCAUUCCAAGGAUAUAUAAAUAAAGCUUCAAACGUAUCCAUAUCUCUACUUCUUUGUUCUUUCUAAAACAAAAUUAUAUAGGCGGUAACUAUGUUUCGUUUGACUGUCCUUGUAAUAUUCUCCUUUUUGUUAGCGUUUGUACACUGUCUUUCAGUAGAAGUUAAUAUCAAGGGACCUCAAAAGAAAGCAUGCCAAGGAAUCAUCACCUUUGUGGCCCUUGAUUCUGAUUGCAGUGAAUGCUUAUAUGGUGUCAAGUCUUUUCGUUACGCUACUGUCCAGUGCAAAACCGAUGCUGCUGCCCUCCAAUGCUGUAAAACUGUCACCCAAUCCUGGAAAUAGCCCUUUAUUGUUUUUGCCGUUGUUAUAUUUUGCUAAUAAAAUAAAAGAG